AUGAACCAAGCCUCGAUACGCGCUUCGCGGAAAUGCCCCCUCCAUUACUCAACACAAGCUUCGAAGCCUCCGCACAUCUCGUAACAUCACGACUGGCUGGGAACUUCCCCCUUGCCACAGCUGGCUGGCUCUGAUUUUUCAACAUGGAGGCGCCACACGAAGAAGAAAGGGCAACUUUCACAUCAGGAGGUAGAGCGGUCGUCCAAUAACCGGAGGCUUCCCUUUUCGAAUCUCGCUUCCUCCACUGCUGUUGUAUCCUUGGGCAAGACACUUCACCCACAAUGCCCCCAGGGUCGCCCACAUGCUUCACCCACCAAGAUGCUGAGCUAUGACCCCGAGGCAGGCUAGCACGAUGGCUCCCCACACUCAAGAGAAUGACUUCAAUCCUCCUUUCUUAACUCACAAGCAUUCAGGACAGGAUUAGAGAAGUCUGGACAUUUCUAAAAGACAUUCUAUGUGUAUACAGAUUACAUUAGACCUACAUUUUGAAAUAGUAGAGGAGGACUGAGUGGUGUUGCUGUAUGGACUCGUGAUGACGUCUUCAUGGGACAUCUAGUAAGUGUGUGAGGCGUGGUCCACCACAUCAUCCAUCAAGGACGAUGAGGACUCAUUUAUCUACCAAUGGGCUCGCAGAACAGCCGCACAGUGCGCAUCAUCUUUGCGCCAAAAGAGGACGCAGCAUCUGCGGUGCUUGUGCGUGAGGAACGUCUCCACCGUGGCCCAGACGAUGCAGUGAGAAGGAAGGAGGAGUCCGGACGGGUUUGAGGUGAUCCAUGUCAAAGACGAGCGUGAUCCAAGCCGCGCACGACGGCGGUCCUCGGGUGGAGGCAGGCAGCGGAGGCGCGCCCCCGAGGCUCCAGCAGGGCGCGCAGAUCCCCAGCGGAGGCAGCGGUAACCGGGCCAGAGAUGCCUGGUACCAGCAGGUCCAGCAGCAACGGCACCAGGGAGGCACCAUGCUCAAGCAGCCGGCCCACCACGAGCCUGCCGACGUCGUGAGGCGGGCGCUCGACUUCAAGUGCCAGGGCACCCAGUGCUACAAGGACAAGAAGUACCGUGAGGCCAUCGGCAAGUACCACCGCGCUCUGCUGGAGAUCAAGGGGCUGUGCAGGGUGCUGGGGGACCCGGACGUAGGAGGAUCCAAGUCGCCAUCUCCUCUCCUCGCCGCCAUCAGCAAAUCGAGCCCGCUGACGGAGGAGCAGAAAGGAGCCAUGGAGAACGCCGAGCUGGAAUGUUACAACAGCUUAGCAGGUACGUCCUUCCAUACACCACUACAUCCAUACACCGUACCACACUACGUCCAUCCGUACCACAUCCAUCCAUACCACAACACUACGUCCGUCCAUCCAUACCACACUACAUCUGUCCGUACAUCCAUCCGUACACCACACUUUAUCCAACCAUACCACAACGCUACAUACACCGUGCCCCAUGAUACUACACUGACACGUGGGGUACCCCCUGGACUGAGCAUCUGUCAAUCACAAAGAUAGUUUCUUUGUCAACCAGAAAUGUCAGUUGAAGCUAACAUGCAUGAUUUAAACCAUCAAUGCUCCUUGUGAGUCUUUGGCCAACUAAACAUUCUAACUUCCUGCACGUGUUCCAUAAACUACCAAUACUGUAUGUACAGUAAUCCCUCCGUUAUGGAGCUUCAUUGGUUCCUGACCCAACACUGGUAAGUCAUGAUAUUGUCAUUCUUUACAAAUGGAAUACUUGGCUUGUGAGAGUAGAGAAAACCUGUUUACCACCUUCUAAAUAAGUUUUUUUUUUAACAUGAUUAGAGCCCUCUAGACAUGAAAUAACACCCCUAUAGUCACCUUUACACUCCUAUUACCCAAUAUAGUAGACAUAAUAAGAGAAAAUAAGACAUAGAAAACCUGUUUACCACCUUCUAAAUGCACUUUUUAACAUUAGAGCCCUCUAGACAUGAAAUAACACCCCUAUAGUCACCUUUACACUCCUAUUACACAAUAUAGUAGACAUAAUAAGAGAAAAUAAGACAUAGAAAACCUGUUUACCACCUUCUAAAUACACUUUUUAACAUGAUUAGAGCCCUCUAGACAUGAAAUAACACGCCUAUAGUCACCUUUACACUCCUAUUACCCAAUAUAGUAGACAUAAUAAGAGAAAAUAAGACAUAGAAAACCUGUUUACCACCUUCUAAAAACAGUUUUUAACAUUAGAGCCCUCUAGACAUGAAAUAACACCCCUAUAGUCACCUUUACACUCCUAUUACCCAAUAUAGUAGACAUAAUAAGAGAAAAUAAGACAUAGAAAACCUGUUUACCACCUUCUAAAUACAGUUUUUAACAUUAGAGCCCUCUAGACAUGAAAUAACACCCCUACAGUCACCUUUACACUCCUAUUAGCCAAUAUAGUAGACAUAAUAAGAGAAAAUAAGACAUAGAAAACCUGUUUACCACCUUCUAAAUACACUUUUUAGCAUGAUUAGAGCCCUCUAGACAUGAAAUAACACGCCCAUAGUCACCUUUACACUCCUAUUACCCAAUAUAGUAGACAUAAUAAGAGAAAAUAAGACAUAGAAACCUGUUUACCACCUUCUAAAUACAGUUUUUAACAUUAGAGCCCUCUAGACAUGAAAUAACACCCCUAUAGUCACCUUUACACUCCUAUUACCCAAUAUAGUAGACAUAAUAAGAGAAAAUAAGACAUAGAAAACCUGUUUACCACCUUCUAAAUACACUUUUUAACAUGAUUAGAGCCCUCUAGACUUGCCACAUUGGCACCGCAAGUCAUGUUGCCAGGUACGGUUUCCAAGGUUUAAAAGAAUUUGGAAAUGGCAGGUGGCCUGGAUAACCUUGACAGGCCCAAUGUGGCCCACGUGCCACAGCUUGCCACCCCUGCUGUAGGUGCAGCGUGCCCCAAUACUUGACAUUGUGAUUUGGCAGCACCACCACACUCAAACGUCAUGCAGCAGUGUCCUCCCAACACUCCCCAAUCCAACAAAAGCUCCUCCACAAGACCUUUCACUUCCUGUACCUGUACCUUCCCCCCCACCCCCCUCCCUCCCACACACACACACA